AUUUGUAAGAAUUUUCGGUACUUUCCAUAAAACCAUCCUCUUCCGCUUGUGGGACGUGAAUCGAAAUAUUUCUAUGCUGCACAGACUGCUUCGUGUCUUGUUGGACAACUUCGGACGGUGUCGGUGCGUUCCAAAACUCGUCGAAAGAAGACUUCAAUUUCCCCGUUGCCGAACAGAUAUGUUUAUGCAUUUCGUAUAUAUUUUUCCAACGCGCGUAGAUUAAACGCGUGAGAAAAUUAACAGAGCUGCCUCCCUUGUCUCGCGCUUCGUUCGCUUGAAAGGGCUUCUUCUUUUGUCUGGCAACCGCUCCGAGUCGAGAGCGAUACGGGGCCGCUUGGAAGGGCCGGUACAGUGGACUUCGCUGCAUACGGAGUUGAAAGGGAAGGGGAGCAGAUCACUGGAGUAGAAACAUGCUGAUAAAACGGCGCGCAUUGUCGCACGGCUAAAUACAAAAAGCGAAUCAACAUCGCGCGGGUGCGUUUGUUGGAAAAACGGUUGACGAGAAAUACAGGUGUCCUCGACAGCUUAUCACGUGAAUCUUGGCGGUAACCCGUAAACAUGUCGUUGAUAAGGAAACCCACGCGAUACGCUCAUCAAGAAGGGCACACCGACGUCUGCUACUAUUCCGGCGAGAAGAGGGGACUCGUCACCUGCGGCUGCGAUGGGGACGUUAGAUCCUGGUUGAAUUUAAUGGACGACGACCCGACCACCAGCUGCAUCUCGGAGCAAGCGAUCACUGCCAUCUCCAAGGAUGGGAAGAUUUUUGUCGGAAAUGACAAUAAUACCGUGCAAAUACUUACUUAUCCUGAUUUGGAGAAGGAGGGAAUAGUUACUAGAUUUUCAGCGCCAGUCUCGGCACUGGCGACGGCAAAAGACAGUAGUUUGAUAACGUCUGGCUCCUGUGAUAUGCGGAUACACGUUACGAACAUUAGUACUUUAGACAGCGUCGAAUUAGAGGGCCACGAAGCACCAAUCUUGGGCCUGUCUUUAGAUCCGAAAGAAGAGUUUGUGGCGUCUUCUAGCGCUGAUGGAUCUAUUAGAAUAUGGAAUAUUAAGGAAAAGAGAACCAUACAUGUUUGGAAUAACGUUGUACCCAAAUGUAACUCCUUUUUUACUGCGAAAUCGUAUUGCACACCUUCCUUCAAAUGUACAGACGGCAGUUACCUGGCAUAUCCCUCUAACAAAGACGUAGUCAUCGUAGAGAGAUCGUCUUGGAAGGAGUUAUGUAGACUUAAAUGUCCUACUUUAAGGACUGAACUCAGCAUUUGUAAAUUCUCUGAGUGCGGCACGCGAAUCGCCGCUAGUUCACUGUACGGAGAGAUAGUUGUGUGGAAUGUGGAAAGCAAGGAAUUAAUUGGAUAUCUCGAACACGAGCAGGAUACCAAAAUCACCGCACUGGUGUGGAACAUAGAUCAUUCGAAUGAAAUUGCAUUCUGCGAUGCAUUGGGAAAAUUAGGAUGCAUUGACGUGAUAAGCACUAGUAAGCCUGCAAGUGAAAUCUUGGAUUUUGAGAAAAACGAAGAUGCAAUGGAAAACGAUAUUGGUUUACCGGAUGAUGACGACGAUGAUGAAAAUGUGAUAUCUCUGAGUAAAAUUAAGGCCUCUGUCAAUUUAGAAGACGAUGAGAAAAGUCAUGUCGAUGCAGAUUCUGAAAAGACUCCAUUUGACGCGAAGGCUUUUGUGCCCAAUGUAAAAUUGCAAUCGUCUUUUCAACCGGGAUCUACACCCUCUCAUUUACUGUCAUAUUUCAUGGUGUGGAACGAUGUGGGAAUGGUUAGAUGUUUCUCAUCAGAGGACGGGGAGGGAUGCAGCAUUGAGGUGGAGUUUCAUGAUGUCACGGUACACCGCAGCAUGCAUAUAAAUAAUUAUCUACGACAUUCUUUAGCUGCCUUGUCUACCCAAGCACUUGCUCUGAGCUGUCCAGCUUCUGAAGAUGGUCCCAGUAAAAUUGUCGUGAUAGCUCUGCAAGGUUGGGGUUCUGGAAAUAAAGAAUGGAUUCUGGAUCUGCCAGAAGGAGAGGAAAGCGAAUGUUUGGCGGCUGGUGAUAAUUUCGUUGCAGUAGCAACAUCUAGAAGAAAUUUAAGGAUAUUUAUGAUAGGCGGAACGCAACGUGAAGUUUUAGCUCUGCCCGGACCUAUAGUUGCAAUGAAUGGUCUAGGAAAUCAUCUUGUGAUAGCUUAUCACGCUGGAAUUGGUCCAUCGGGUGAUCAGAAUAUAAAUCUAUUAUGGAUGCAAAUACAGGGAGCGCAUUUACGCAGUCAAACCUUAACGCUUCCCCUUUCGCCGGUGUCGGAUCUCAUGUGGUUGGGAUUAUCAGAUGCUCGAUCACCCACUAUUAUGGAUUCUGAUGAUAUCAUCAGGAUAUACGACAAGAGAUCGUGUCAAUGGAGAGUGCUUUGCGAUACAAAUGAGCAGGGAAAAGGUAGAGCAGAUCACUACUUUAUAAUUGGCGUGAGCGAACGCGAACGGAAUAUGCGGUGUAUUCUCUGCAAAGGUAGUUAUUAUCCGCCGACAACUCCGCGGCCGGUAAUUACUGAAAUAUCUAUAUCUGCACCUCUCUGCGAACCGGAGUCUGAGAAAACUGAGAAAGAACGUAAGCUAUGGGAGAUAGGAAGCAAUCCGUUGGAAGAAACUGAGGCGAUGUUAACUCUAAUAGCGCUUGCCUGCAGAAACAAUUCGGAAUAUCGCGCAGUGGACAUUUGCGAACAAAUUGCGUCGACAAAAGUGAUAGACUUAGCCAUACGGUAUGCCUUGCGUGUAAAUAAAAUGGCAUUGGCAAAUAAAUUGGAAACGAUUGUUGAUGCAAAAUCGGAUUUUAAAGAUUCAAAUGAAGAACGUAUGGAAAACCAACAAGAUUCUUUCACAACCAACGGUAAUUCUAGCGUAGUUGAUGAUCAAGAGGAACACGAUGUGUCUUUACCGCUCAUUAAAAAAGCAGAGAUAGAAAUUAAGCCAUUGGUCAUGAGUCAAACGUUAAAAAGAGUAAACCCAUUUUUAAAGGCCGAAAGCCCAUCUCUAUCGCGAAGAGGUUUAGCUGGAUUGAACAGUUUACCAGAGAAGCCUCAAAAACCUGCCUUAUCCAAAGUCGUGCCUGUUAAAUCAAAAUCGAAGACUGAGUCUAAGAAAGAAUCGUUCGUUAAUUGGUAUGCUAAAAAUAAGAAAAAUCUGCAGGAAGAAUUUCCCGAGGUGAAUGUUGCCGAAUUAACUAAAAUCGGUUUAACGCGAUACAAAGAGGAGGCGGCACAAUCGAAUGCAGACAACGCGGCUGGAUCUUCAGAACUCUUCAAGAAACGAAAAUUGUCCAGCCCAGACAACGAACAUAGUAGCGAGGCAAAACGAUCUGUUAGCAGCAAACUCAGUGAAUUCGCAUUCGACAAGUAAAUUUUAUUCGGUUACGAAAAUUAUUUUAUCUGUGAAAAUUGCAAGGCUUUUGGCAAUUUAAGAGGAGUUUAUUAUAUUUCCAAAUUACUAUCACGAAGAAUAGCUUAAAGACAACAGAUUUUAACAGGUUUCUUUCUUUAGGUACGUUUUUAUAUGCUUUUAGCCUCGCGUAUCCUCAGGAAAACAAACAAAAUUUCUAAUGCGAGAUAGAUCGUAGGAAUCCAAACAUCUCUUCUAGCGUUUUAGAAUUAAAGUAUAUAUAAUAAAUUUUAUUUAUCGCAUUUUUUAUCAAUUUUGAUAUUAAACUAACAAUUGUAGAAACGUU